CAUCAUUACCAAUAUUAGCAGGAAUAUCUAGUAAAUUUUCCAAAAAAUUUAAAUCAAAGAAUGGAAAGGAAACUUCCGACCCAUCUAUUGGCAAAUUACCUGGAAAUAAAGGAAAAGGUAGUCCCAAAAUGAAUCAAAUUGCUCUUAUUAAUGAACUUACAAAUUUUCUUAGUGAAAGAAAUAAGAAAAAAUCCAAUUCUCUUCCUUCUACACCAACUGCACCUAGAGUUCAAAAUAAACAACUAUCAAGACAGCUUUCAGCUCAUCCAAGUGUAAGAGGUGAAAUAUCAGGUUCAACAAGUCAAACAGAUCCUACAGUGCUAUUUAAAAAAUUGGAACCAACAAAAAGAGUGGUUUCACCACCACCAAGAUCAUCAUCAUCAUCACCAUCACCAUCACCACCAUCACCAUCACCACUACCACCGCAACAACAACAAUCAUCAAGGCCAUCAUCAUUACCAAUAUUAGCAGGAAUAUCUAAUAAAUUUUCCAAAAAGUUUAAAUCAAAGAAUGGAAAGGAAACUUCCGACCCAUCUAUUGGCAAAUUACCUGGAAAUAAAGGAAAAGGUAGUCCCGAAGUGAAUCAAAUUGCUCUUAUUAAUGAACUUACAAAUUUUCUUAGUGAAAGAAAUAAGAAAAAAUCCAAUUCUCUUCCUUCUACACCAACCGCACCUAGCGUUCAAAAUAAACUAUCAAGACAGCUUUCAGCUCAACCAAGUAUAAGAGGUGAAGUAUCAGGUUCAACAAGUCAAACAGAUCCUACAGUGCUAUUUAAAAAACUGGAACCAACAAAAAGAGUGGACCAUCAUCAUCAUCGUCACCAGGACCAUCAUCAUCACCAUUACCAGGACCAUCAUCAUCAUCAUCAUCAUUACCAGGACCAUCAUCAUCAUCAUCAUCAUCAUUACCAGGACCAUCAUCAUCAUCAUCAUCAUCAUUACCAGGACCAUCAUCAUCAUCAUCAUCAUCAUUACCAGGACCAUCAUCAUCAUCAUCAUCAUCAUUACCAGGACCAUCAUCAUCAUCAUCAUCAUCAUUACCAGGACCAUCAUCAUCAUCAUCAUCAUCAUUACCAGGACCAUCAUCAUCAUCAUCAUCAUCAUUACCAGGACCAUCAUCAUCAUCAUCAUCAUCAUUACCAGGACCAUCAUCAUCAUCAUUAUCAUCAUCAUCAUCAUCAUCAUCAUCAUCAUCAUCAUCAUUACCAGGGCCAUCAUCAUCAUAUCACAUCAUUACCAGGACCAUCAUCAUCAUCAUCAUCAUCAUUACCAGGACCAUCAUCAUCAUCAUCAUCAUUACCAGGACCAUCAUCAUCAUCAUUACCAGGACCAUCAUCAUCAUUACCAGGGCCAUCAUCAUCACCAUUACCAGGACCAUUACCAGGACCAUCUAGUACAUCUACUAAGAAAAGUGAUAAAGGGAACUCUGAAGCAUCAAAGGAUCUAUCAAAAGGACUCUUAAAAAGUCCUGGUGUAGAUAGUGGAGGUGAAUUAAGUGAUAAUUCUCUAGAUUUACCAGAUGAAUACUUCAAGAAAGCUGUAAUGCUUGGUAUAAGCCCAUUUGAUCCAUUUCCUGAAAUUGAUACAGCAGCUGGAACUGGUGUAGGUAAUAGUGCAGAUAAAGAUAUGGACUCAACAGGCAAAUUAGAGAGAAAAAAAAGUGACACUAAGGUGAGUGGAGGAAGUCAAGUAGAAAGUGGAAGUGAGGAAGAUAGCAACGAUGGAACAGAUGUUUUACCUAAGUUACCUAGUGAUCUAGAAGAAGUACCAGAUAUGAGGCCAAGUAAUCGCAAAAAAAGUGAUAAAAGUAAAAAAAGACAAAAAAAAACAUCGAAAAAGAAAGACUAG